AUGCAGGACAUACAAUCUUACUUGAUUGUCUUUGGAAAGGAAGUUGCCAACAUUUUCAGAUGGUCGCCCUGGGCCUCCAAGGAGGUUCUUUUCAUGUCUGUCAGCGGGGGCUUGGAUUGGGGCUACGCAAGCGACAUCUUUAUCGAGCUCGAGAGUUAUUACGCAGCUGCGGGGUAUCUUUUCUUCAUUGCGCUGGUGGCCCUGGCCGUCUUAAACGUCGUGACCGCUGUAUUCGUGGAAUAUGCCAUGAAAAUGGCAGCAGAUGACCGCGAUCUUGUCAUCCAAGACACCCUGGCCAAGCGCAACAAGUACAUGCAGGAUGCCAUGUUGGUCUUCAAGGAAGCCGAUGCCGAUGGUUCCGGCUCCAUCACUUACAAGGCUGAGCAGUAUGCCUGUGUCACUGAAGUCGAAAGACCAACCGAUUCAGAGAGCAUCACGCAGAACAUCAAGCCCUUCCUGAAAGAGCUACCGAAAGUCGUGCAAGAGCUGGAUGGAAGCAUCUAG